AUGGCGUUCAUUCUUCGAAGGCCCUUUGUGGUCUCGUCAGUUUUCCACCAGGCUCCGAAAUCAACCAACACUGCCGUUCGCUUCAUCCAUAAUGCCUCGAAACAAUCAACAAAGGCUUCCUCCAAACCGUUUCUAUCCUCACCCUUCGCCCAAGCUCGACAGAAUUUCAGAGAUGCCUUCCGUCGCUCAUAUAUGCAGCAGACAUAUCAACCCGCAAACCAGGGCAGCCUGACCCAGAAACUUUUAUAUGGCGCCGCUAUCGUAGGAGGCACAAUCGCAGCAACGAAUUUCAUAUUCAAUCGCGAAACCCGGGAAGACGGUGGCAUGCCGGCAUAUGAGAGGAGCUAUUUGAACGAUACAUUUUUGCAUACUGGUCUAGGAAUUGGCAUCAUCGGCAUUGCUGCCCGUGCACUGCAUACAAGCGGAUGGUCGUAUAGGCUCAUGUCUGCGAACCCUUGGGCCGUUGUCGGCAUGAGUUUAGUUGCUAGCAUUGGAACCAUGUAUGGCACAUUCUACACUAAUCCUGACAAUUAUGUUCAAAAAUAUGCACUUUGGGCCGCCUUUAAUGCCACGCAAGCCGCCGUUCUUUGCCCAUUGAUGUUUCUUCAGCCCGCCCUUCUUGCUCGCGCCGGUCUUUAUACCGUUGGUAUGAUGGGCUCCAUCGCCUUUGUCGGUGCCACUGCGAAGCAAGAGAAAUAUCUCUACCUAGGAGGACCGUUGCUCGCCGGUGUUUGCAUUGUUGCGAUUUCUGGCUUCGCUCCUUUGGUCCUUCCAGCCACGGCAGCACGGACACUUAUGUGGUCGGAACGGGUCUGGCUGUACGGUGGCCUUGCCGUUUUUGGUGGCUUUACACUCUAUGACAUCCAGAAGAUUCUUUAUCACGCUCGCCUGGCGGAACGGGGCCUCGUGAGGAGGGACGUUGUUAAUGAGAGUAUUAGUCUGGAGCUGGAUUUCUUGAACAUUUUCAUUCGGAUGGUUCAAAUUCUGGGUUCUCCGAUUGAAUUUCCAGUGAAACAACAUUCCUUACACCGUGCAGCUACCGUGCCUGCGUGGAGACAUACCAAGGAAACAAAUGUUCGGCUCGAUUUGUCUCAGAGCGCGAUGAAAUGCGCAUCUUAUUAUCUUUGCAUAGACUCAAGAUUUCCCGACGAUGCCACCUCUUUUGAUAUGAUUGAACAAGGCACUGUUUAUGCCUGA